GAUUUCAUUGAUACCGUGCUGGGCAUCAACUGGACACGUGUCAGUUGAACACUGUGGAAACCCCAUAUUGUGUUUUAAAAAUGGGUAAAAUCGAAUCAUGGGAAGUGACUGAUCGUACUGAUGAGAGAAUGACUGUUCUAUUCAAACGUCGUACUUACAACGAGGAAACAUUUCCACAAAGUACAGGAGGUAGUAGAUGUGAUAAGGAUGGAUUGGAUGAAGAAACUCGAGAUGUACUCAAUAAAUUGACUCACUUGAACAAGAGAAUUCGCACAGCUUUUCGAUUUGAUAGCAAGAAUCCGAAAAAUCUUGUGACCGAUGGAAGUGAGGAAAAGAAGAAAAAGAAGGAGAGGAUGAAGAAGAGUAAAGAUGAGUCAGGCUCUUCUCGAAAAAACUCGAAAAAGACGGCUGAGGAUAUGGAUCAAUCGAGUGAUGACACCACAAAGCCGGCGGAAGAAACGAAGAAAACUGUUUCUAGCAAGAAGCAAAAGAAAGUUAAAUCCGAGGAAUGUGAUCAUCUUGGAGUUCCUCUUUCGAAUCCAAUGGCAAUCACUCCGUUCCCUGGUAAAACAACUGCUGCCAAACGUGAAAAAGCUCGCCAAAUGCUGAAAGAACUUGCAACGAAGAUGUAUGAAGAUGACUUGAAGAAACAAGGAAAAAGCUCAACAUCUUCCAAAAGUGGCAAAAAAGCAAAAAGUGUGAAGAGCCGAAGCACCAAGAAGAGCAGCAGUUCCACUGGGCUCAAAAGUUCAAAAAACUCGAAUAAGUUAAUGGGAUGUGACAAGUGUGGAAGUUGCCAAAAGUGUAUUGUUCGCUGCUCUCAACACCAUCCAGCAGAGCAAAAAGUGACAUCAGCUGAGAGAGAAGAGUUUCUGAAAAGUAUCAAACAACUUCGUAAGAGAAUCAUGAAACCAGAGAGAAGUCGCGAAAAGGCCACCAAAUCUCCAUACGACGUCACUCAAAGUGUGUCUGACACCGGAAAGAGCUCGAAAAGUUCAGAGAGCAAGAGCAAGAAGAAAACCAAAGAGUAAUCCACAUUUAUUCUGAAUAAAAAGAUUUUGU